AUGGUUGAAGUAGAUUACGAUUAUUUAGAAGCUACUCUUUGCAAUCUAUCCGGGAAAACACCUCUUGCAGAGCGUUUCCGUGCGCUUUUCACCCUUAAGAACAUUGCUGAUGCACGAUCAAUUGAUAUCAUUGCAAAAGCCUUAAGCGAUGAAUCAGCUCUGCUUAAACAUGAAUUGGCUUAUUGCCUUGGUCAGAUAGGUAAUCCGACUGCAAACGAUGUAUUGAGUCGGGUUUUGGGAGAUAUGAACGAAGAUGAAAUGGUGCGACAUGAGGCGGCCGAAGCAAUGGGUGCUAUUGGUUCAAAGGAAUCUAUCCCUGUCCUUGAAAAGUAUCUGGAUGAUGCCAGUGAGUCGGUAGCGGAGACCUGCGUUUUGGCGAUUGACAAGAUUCGCUAUGACCACGACCCGAAGAAUGUGGCUGAGAGGGAAGCGAACAAGAGCUUAUACAAUUCAGUGGAUCCUGCACCGCCAGCCACGACAUUGUCCGUUAAAGAACUUGGAGAACAGCUUGUUGACACUAGUCUUCCCCUUUUCAAGAGAUACCGUGCCAUGUUCGGUUUACGCGAAAUUGGAAAUGCCGAGGCGGUGGAACAGCUGGCUAAAGGAUUGAAAGAUAAGAGCGCUCUCUUUCGACAUGAAGUUGCCUAUGUUUUUGGACAGCUCCAGCAUCCAGCAUCAGUACCAGCAUUGACCGAGACAUUGAAGGACUCUAACGAACAGUAUAUGGUGCGCCACGAAGCUGCUGAAGCCCUUGGAUCAAUUGCCACACCAGAAGUGCUUCAAACACUGCUCGAAUAUAGCAAGGAUGACGAGCGGGUAGUACGAGAAAGCUGCAUGGUUGCACUUGACAUGUACGAGUAUGAGACUAGUGGCGAAUUUCAAUAUGCAAACGGCCUAGAAGCUCAAAACAAGGACAAUAUGCACUCCUUAAAAUUGCAAUAA